AUGGCACCGAAGGAGGCGCGCGUGAUUGCGUCAGAGCACCCUGACAAAGUUCGCAUGCUAGUUCUCGAGACAGAUGAUCCGCAUCCUGACACCAAGGGAGAGAGAGGAUCCUUUGGUGAAGUGCUGAAUGAUAUUCUCGUAGACGCAGGGGAGCAACAUGACCCAAAGCUCGCUAUCGAGACUAUGAUACACUACGCCGUCGAGCCACGAGGUGGCCGGAUACCAGAGCCUUCGGAAAUCACCGAUGAGAUCCACGCGAUUCUGAUCACAGGAAGCGUAUACGAUGCGCAUAGCAAUGACGCGUGGGUGUUGAAGCUUUUGAACUUAAUCAAGCACUUGUGGAUACAUCGACCUGACAUCAAGUUUACUGGAAUCUGUUUCGGUCAUCAAAUACUGUGUCGCGCUCUAGGCUCAACUGUCGAACCGGAAGAAAAUGGCAAGUGGGAACUCUCGCAUACCCGGGUCGCACUCAGUGAUGUUGGGCGCUGGCUCUUCAGACUCGAUCCAUCAGAAAAACACAUCCGUCUUCAUCAGAUGCAUGUCGACCUUGUGGUAGAUCCGCCCUCGCCUGCCAAAACGGAUUUGCUGGAUCCGAGCACAGAUGUGCACGUAUGGGGAACCAGUGAUCAUACUGGCGUGCAAGGAGUGUAUAUCCCUAGGAGACUCUUCACCACCCAAGGGCAUAUGGAAUUCGACGAGAAGAUGGUCAAAAGACAGCUCGAGAUGAGGGUAGAGAGUGGCGCUGUGGAAAAGAGCGAUGCCGAAGAAGCAACAGAGAGGGCUGAGUGGAUGCACGAUGGGCUUCUGGUCGCAAAAGCCGUGUUGAGGUUCUUCCAUGGUGACGAUGACAAAGCGCGGUAA